UUGUUGUAUGUCUCUUUUCAGAACACGGGCAGGAUUUCAGAAUGAAUCAGAUCUCAACGGAGCCUGCAGUAUCAGUUGAGACGUUGGCGGAUGUACCUGAUCAAGUGCUCAAAGGACUUCCUGAGGAAGUGAAGCUUCUCCCCUCUGCUGUUGACGAGACACGGCUUGGUGUCUGGGCGACAAAGCCAAUUUUCAAAGGCCGAAAGUUUGGACCUUUCGUUGGUGACAAGAAGAAAAGGUCUCAAGUGAAGAGCAAUGUAUUCAUGUGGGAGGUCUACUACCCAAACCUGGGAUGGAUGUGUGUUGAUGCUACAGAUCCAGAGAAGGGAAAUUGGCUCCGGUAUGUAAACUGGGCACGUUCCGGAACGGAGCAGAAUCUCUUCCCUUUGGAGAUCAACAGAACCAUUUACUACAAAACCUUAAAGCCCAUCGAGCCCGGCGAGGAGCUGCUGGUGUGGUACAAUGGGGAGGACAACCCGGAGAUAGCCGCCGCGAUCGAGGAGGAGCGGGCCAGCAACCGGAGCAAGAGGAGCUCCCCCAAAGCCAAGAAAGGGAAGAAAAAAUCCCAAGAGGCAAAAAACAAAGGGAAGAAAGCGACAGACAAAAAGCAGAAGACCGUUUUGGAUAUUACUCCUGCAGAGAUGAGAGACCCUAAAGAAGGCCAUAAACAGGAGGAUGCCAGUCCUUCCGUUUCAGCCGUGCUGUCCCUGGAACAGACUGCCGUGAUCCAGGAGAUGGUAGACCAAGACACGCUUCCAAACUUAGUCAUCUCCAGUCCCGUCAGCGAGCCACAUACAAUGACCGAACAGAAACAAGAGGCGAUAACAUGCGAAUCAGAAGUUCUGGAGGAGAGGGAAGAGCUUGAGGAAGUGGAGGAGGAGGAAGAUGAAGAUGAUGAUGAAGAGGAGGAGGAAGAAGAGGAGCAGCCGGAGGAGGAGGAGGAGGAGGAAGACGUGAAUUUGCCUAAAGAGAUCCCCGAGGUGGAGACCAUGUCUUUGUGUGGAGACAAGCUCGAAUCCGCUGAAGAGCAGAGCAGCGUGUCUGAAGAAUCUCCAGAAAGCUCCCCCAAGAAAAAGCCCAUGGUGAAAUUCCCUAAAGACCAGGAGGAAUCCAAUGGCAGUAUCCAGGGAACGUUUAUGUUCCCUUGUCAACACUGUGAGAGGAAGUUCACGACAAAGCAAGGACUUGAGCGCCACAUGCACAUCCACAUAUCGGCCAUUAGCCAUGCUUUCAGGUGCCGCUAUUGUGGCAAAGCCUUUGGCACACAGAUCAACCGGCGGAGGCACGAGCGGCGUCAUGAGGCUGGGCUAAAAAAGAAGUCGUUCCUGACACUUGCUUCAGCUCCGCUGUCUGACGGCGGCACUAAAAGCCAAGCGAUUGCAGAAGAAGGCGGGGCGAAAGAGGAAACUAACGCCAAGCAAGACUUGACAUCCUUGGAUAAAGAUAAAAGUUCUCAAGAAACAUCAAACUCCAUUCUUGAAGAAAUCAGGGAACCCAAAGAGUUGCACCCAUGCAAAUAUUGUAGGAAGGUUUUUGGAACACAUACCAAUAUGCGCAGGCACCAGCGGAGGGUUCACGAGCGUCAUCUGAUCCCCAAAGGUGUCCGAAGAAAACCAGAAGAGCCACAAGUCCCAGCAGAACAAACCCAGCAAGCCCAGAGUGUGUACGUAGCCAGCACGGACCUCGAGGAGGAGACAGAGACUGAUGAUGUAUACAUUAUGGAUGUUUCCAGCAAUAUAUCUGAAAAUCUCAAUUACUAUAUUGAUGGUAAGAUCCAGUCCAACAGUAGCACAAGCAAUUGCGAAGUGAUCGAGGUGGAAUCCAGCUCAGCAGAGCUCUAUGGAAUAAACUGUUUACUCAGUCCCGUGACAGUGGAAAUAUCCUCGAGUGUGAAGGCCACGCAAACGCACCCGACCGACGUACUGAAAGAGUCUCCGCUCAGUAGUAACAGCGAGCCUAAAAAGAGGAGGACCACGAGUCCCCCUCUCCUCCCGAAGAUAAAAACAGAAAUGGAUCCGGAGCCAAUAACAUCUGUCUGCUCGUUGACGAUUCCUCUGACCAUAACAACAGCGGACAGCUUGUCUUUUCCCAAAGAGAAAAGUAUUUACUUAUCAUCCAAGCUGAAGCAACUUCUCCAGACUCAGGACAGUAGCAAGGUAGCUCCAUCACCCCCAUCAUCGUCAUCGUCGUCGUCAACUGAAAUCCCCAAGCUGGGACUUCCGGCCGCUUCUCCACCUCUUCUGCCCACAGCCUCGAGCAGGUUCAAAAGGAGAACCAGUUCCCCACCCAGUUCCCCACAGCACAGCCCGUCCCUACGGGAUUAUGGCAAAGUGAGCGAGGGGAAAUCUCUUUGGAACGACCCAGUACUAGGAGCAAAAAUGCCCAAGGUAGAAAGUCAUAGUAGUUCUCCUGCCUGGAGUUUAUCCGGUCGAGAAGAAAAAGAGUCCAUGAGCCCUCUAUGUUUAGAAGAAUAUAAAGCACCAAAAGACUGGACAGCCAGUCCUCCCUUUGGCAACGUUUGCAACCAGCAGCCCUUGGAUUUAUCCAGCAGCGUCAAGCAAAGGUCAAAUUGCAAGAACAGGGCCCAGGUUCCUUGGGAAUCUGUGUUAGAUCUCAGCGUGCAUAAAAAGCCUUCCGCUGACACCGAGUCCAAGGACAGCAAGGAAGUUAACUUGGUACAGCCGGCCUGUGGCAGCGUUAAGAAGAAGCCGACCACCUCCAUGCUACAGAAGGUUCUGCUGAACGAAUACAACGGGACUGAUUCAGCCUCGGACAACUCGGCGGCAGAAACCAAUCUGAGCCAGAGUGUAGGAAAAUCCCCCGAAGCUCAUCCAGAGCCUCAUCUCCAUGUUUCAGCCCCUGUGUCAGCCUCUGAGUCAGGUUCCUGUAGUCCUUCCACCAAGAAAUCUGCACCUCCGGCAUCUACCAUUCCUUCCUGUCAGCUUCCUCCUCUUCUGACGCCCACAAAUUCUCCUUCCCCACCACCCUGCCCCCCUAUGUUAAAGGUUCCCACUCCGCCCCCUCCUCUGCUCCCUACUGUCCCUUCACCACUCUCAGAAGAACAUGUUAGUGGCACUCCUAGUUCAUGUCCCUCUCCCCUGUCCAAUGCUACUGCUCAGUCCCCUCUUCCAGUCCUCUCUCCUACUGGCUCGGCAUCACCCGUUCCCUCUGUAGAACCUCUUAGCUGUGCUUCACCAGGGCCUCCCAAUCUUUCCUCGUCAUCCUCUUCUUCCUCUUUUUCUUCAUCCUCUCCUUCCUCUUCGUCCUCUUCUUCUCCAUCCCCUCCUCCCCUCUCUGCAGUUUCUUCAGUCCUGUCCCCUGGCGACAAUGCAGAAAACUCUGUUCCCAUCCUAUCUUUUAAACAAGAGGACCUGGAAAGCGAACUUCAGAAACCCAGGGAAGACCCGCGCAGCUCCAACGAAACAGGUCUUGUUCAGGAAAUGUUCAGCAAAAACUUUGUGUGCAAUGUCUGCGAGUCUCCUUUCCUUUCCAUUAAAGACCUAACAAAACAUCUCUCUGUUCACGCCGAGGACUGGCCCUUCAAAUGCGAAUUCUGCGUACAGCUUUUUAGGGACAAAACAGACUUGUCUGAACAUCGCUUCUUGCUCCACGGAGUUGGGAACAUUUUUGUGUGCUCCAUCUGCAAGAAAGAGUUUGCCUUUUUAUGCAAUUUGCAACAGCACCAGCGAGAUCUCCACCCUGACAAAGAAUGCACCCACCACGAAUUCGAAAGCGGGACUCUGCGACCACAGAACUUUACAGAUCCUAGUAAGGCACACAUUGAACACAUGCAAAUCCUACCUGAUGAAUCUGCUGAACCAACUAAGGAGGAGGAAGAAGAUGAAGAACUCAAUGACUCUUCCGAAGAGCUUUAUACCACCAUCAAAAUAAUGGCUUCAGGGGUCAAGUCUAAAGAUCCUGAUGUCCGUAUGGGACUCAAUCAGCACUACCCAAGUUUUAAGCCCCCUCCGUUUCAAUAUCACCACCGCAAUCCAAAUGGGAUUGGAGUCACUGCCACAAAUUUCACCACUCACAAUAUUCCACAAACGUUCACCACUGCCAUCCGCUGCACAAAGUGUGGGAAAAGCGUGGACAACAUGCCCGAAUUGCACAAACACAUCUUGGCCUGCGCUUCGGCCAGCGACAAGAAACGGUACACGCCGAAAAAGAAUCCCGUGCCAUUAAAACAGACAGUGCGCCCGAAAAACGGGGUCAUCCUUCCGGGUCCUGCGAGCAACGCUUUCAGGCGCAUGGGGCAGCCCAAGAAACUCAAUUUCAGCGUCGAAAUGAGCAGGAUGUCCUCCAACAAGCUCAAGAUAAGUGCACUGAAGAAGAAGAACCAGCUGGUCCAGAAAGCCAUAUUGCAGAAGAAGAAGUCUCAGCAAAAGGCCGAACUGAGGAACAGCGUGGCUGAGCCGAGCUCUCAUAUCUGCCCCUAUUGCAACAGAGAAUUUACAUACAUUGGCAGUCUGAACAAACACGCCUCCUACAGCUGUCCCAAAAAAACCAUUUCCCCAUCCUCUAAAAAGAACGCUAAAAAGAAGAGUGCGGCUUUCUCUUCUGGCAGCGGCGACAAAAGCGGGAACCAGCGGCGGCGGACAGCGGACGCCGAGAUCAAAAUGCAGAGCAUGCAGGCACACUUGGGCAAGACCAGAGCCCGGAGCUCCGGGCCCACCCCCGUUCAGCUGCCCGCGGCAUCCUUCAAGAUGAAGCCAAACGUCAAGUUCCUACCGUCUGUUCGAUCCAAAAAGCCGGGGGCAUCCUUGGCACCCCGGAACACCAGCCCCGUGCGAGUGGCCAAGGUGCCUCCAGCGCAGAGCAAGAGGCCGAAAGGGAUCUCCAAGAACGGUUCCUCCGGGCUCUCCAGCAAAGCCUCCCGCAAACUGCACGUUCGGAUACAACGGAACACAGUGGCCCUGGCCAGCAAGCCAUCGGCUGCCGGCAAAAAAAAGCCCGAUCGGUUUAGCGCAAAGUCCAGAGAAAGGACUGGGGGACCCGUCACCCGGAGCCUGCAGCAGGCAAGCAGCGCGGACUCCCCGGAGAGCAAAAAGGAAGAAACUAGCACAAGGCAGGAGUUAAAAGAUUUCAGGAACCUUCUGUAGCAGCAAACCAGACCUUU